UGACCCUCCUGCCACUCCGUACUCUCCCCCACCACCACCACCGCCUCCCAGCUCUCCGAACCAAACACACGUGGAAACUCAUGAACGUGUUUCUGAGACAAAAAACAUGACAAGCCACGGACUCGAGUAUGAAGGAUGCAAUUUCUUCCGACAGAGGCUAGUAUUGUCCACGUUAAGCGGGAAGCGGGUUAGAAUAAAAGGCAUCCGUUCCCGAGACGACAACCCAGGGCUGCGAGACUUUGAGGCCAGCUUCAUCAGGCUCCUCGACAAAGUGACCAAUGGAACUAAGAUAGAAAUUAAUCAAACAGGUACCGUGUUGUUUUACCAGCCUGGCCUGCUGUUGGGCGGAACCAUAGAGCAUGACUGUAACCCGCAGCGGUCUAUCGGCUACUACCUGGAGGGGCUUCUCAUGCUGGCUGCCUUCAUGAAGACGCCCCUGAAGGCCACCCUGAAGGGAGUCACCAACGACCCCACUGACCCCUCCGUUGAUCUGCUUAAAACCACAGCCCUCCCUCUACUGAAGCAGUUUGGCAUCGACGGAGAUGGCUUGGAAAUGAAGGUGGUGAAGAGAGGCAUGGCCCCCGGCGGUGGAGGGGAGGUGAUAUUCUCCUGUCCCAUACGCAGGACCCUCCGGCCGGUGCAACUGACGGAGCCAGGCAAGAUCAAGAGGAUUAGAGGCAUAGCAUACUCGGUGAGAGUCUCCCCACAGAUGGCCAACCGGAUCGUAGACUCAGCCCGCAGCGUCAUUAACAAGUUCAUUCCAGAUAUUUACAUCUACACGGACCACCUGAAGGGAGCCAACUCUGGGAAGUCUCCGGGCUUCGGGCUGGUCCUGGCGGCGGAGACCCAGAAGGGGUUCUUCCUGAGCGCCGAGCUGAGCUCCGCACCACAGGGCCAGGGGCCAACCAUUCUCCCAGAGGACCUCGGCAAGAACUGUGCCAAGCUGCUGCUGGAGGAGAUACACAGGGGCGGCUGUGUCGAUUCGACCAAUCAGAGCCUGGCGUUGCUCUUCAUGACCUUAGGCCAACAGGAUGUGUCAAAGGUGCUGCUCGGUCCACUCUCUCCCUACACGGUUGAAUUCCUCCGCCAUAUUAGAGACUUCUUCCAGAUCAUGUUCAAGAUGGAGGCCAAGCCACCGCUGGAAGACGAGAGGAAGGGAGGGGAGAAGGUGCUGAUGACCUGCGUAGGAGUCGGCUUUAGCAACAUUAGUAAAGUUACCAAGUAACUGUUUUUAUAUCACUAACCCGUCAUUUUUAUAUGCUCAAACAUGUCCGUCGGAUUGGGAAAGGAGGUUUUGUAAUUAAAUUAUAAAGUCGA